AUGCUGUCGUCGCUGCGAUCGCUCGAGCCGCUGCGACGCGCUGCGCUGCUGGCUGCACGUGCCACUCUGCGCCGCGCUGCGCCGUCUCUCUGCACACUAAAGACGCAAGUGCCGGUGCGUGCGCUGUCUCAAGCGCGUGCGCCCACUCGGAGCGUCGACCCUGCGGGUAUUCUGCGACCGGACGUAUUUCCACCAAUCAAAUCGCAGCUCGCCCUCGACCAGGAGCUACCGGGACUUCCGACGCUUAAACCCGCGAGCCAAUUGAAAGCGCCCGAGACGAAGAUCUCGCUUUUGCCCUCUGGUCUGCGCGUCAUCUCGCACGAGACGUACGGCCAAGCAGCGACGCUCGGACUCUUUAUUGACGCCGGCAGUCGCGACGAGUGUGACGAGAGUGUGGGGGUGACCCAUUUGCUGGAGCAUUUAGGCUUCAAGAGCACCACGUUACGCUCGCAUGCGGAGCUCGUGCGGGAGGUCGAGGACAUUGGCGCGCUCACGACAUCGUCCUCUGGUCGCGAGCAAAUUAUUUACACGAUUGAUUUGCUGCGGGACAAUGUUGAAAAAGGUCUCGAGCUGCUGGCCGACGCGAUUUUAAACGUCGAGUUGUUACCGGAGGAGAUGGAGAGCAUCAAGGCUGUCAUGCGGAUCCAGACGGAAGAGUUGAUGGAGAACCCACAGGCGAUGCUGCAGGAGUUUAUUCAUGCGGCAGCAUAUGGUGUAGAUAAGCCGCUUGGACGGCCACUUCAGUGUCCAUUGCACAAGAUUGACGCACUCACGGUGGAUAAGGUCCAGAAGUUUCGCGCUGAGCAUUUUGUGGCUCAUAAGAUGGUGCUGGCUGGCUCGGGAGUGGACCACGCGCGACUUGUCAAGCACGCGGAAAAGCUCUUUGCAAAUGUCUCAGUCGCUAUAUCGGACACGCAGAUGACGACGCCGGUGAAGCGAAAAGUGGUGGAGCCGGUGGUCUACACUGGCGGACUGUAUCCGCUUUCGAAACCCGAGUCGGAAUUCUCGUACGCUGCCUUGGCGUUUCCUACAGGCGGCUGGCAUGAUGAAGAUCUGGUGCCUAUUUGUGUCUUGCACACGUUGUUGGGCGGUGGAGACAGCUUUUCUGCUGGAGGUCCGGGGAAAGGCAUGUACUCGCGGUUGUACACGAGCGUCUUGAAUCGCUUUUAUUGGGUCGAAUCGGCUUUUGCGUUCUCGUCCAUACAUGCGGACGUUGGCCUCUUGGGUAUAUAUGGUGCUUGUAUUCCGUCGCACACUAGCAACCUCGUGGCGCUUUUGUGCAAUCAGAUGCUUGGCGUCGCUAAGCAACCGGUCGAUGCGAUUGAGCUUGCCCGGGCUAAAAACCAACUGAAAUCGUCUGUGCUCAUGAACCUCGAGUCUCGUAUGAUCCUGUACGAAGACAUUGGUCGUCAGCUGCUUACGUAUGGAAUGCGUGAGACGCCUGAAUCUGUAUGUGUCAAGAUUGACCGUGUCACUGCUGCUGAUAUCCAACGAGUCGUGAGAGAGGCCAUGAAGCACCCACCGAGCCUUGUGUACUCAGGAGAUAUCCCUCGCUUUCCACAGUACCACCAAGUUGUUGCCGGUAUCCAGGAGGGACUGAGCGAGAGUGCAGUGUAA